UUCCCUUGUUUUCCAUGUGUUGAUCAAAUUUUCAAUUUUUAACCUGCUUCUGACCAACAACUAACAAUGAUCAAAUUAAACAAUUCCUUAGGAAAACACAAUUGUGACGAAAAAAUUCUCGAAAAUUAUAAAUCGAAAUAUCGCAACAGAGUAUACUAUGGAAACGUAUGUAAUUAUUGCUUCGACGUAAAGAUACCAUUGAAGAAAUGCUCACAAUGCUCCUCAGUAAGUUACUGCUCCAAAGAACACCAGCUCAAAGACUGGAAAUUCCAUAAACCGACCUGCAUCGCUCUUAACGAAGUAAAAAAAAAAGUGGCAUACCCAAAAGCAUGCACCGGCGUUGAAUUCUUUCAAUAUAGACACGAACUUUUGUCGGAAUUGAGACGAUAUCGUAAUUGGGAACCUUAUCGGGAGCUAAGCCUGCACGAAACAGAAAUUUGCUUUCUACCCCGGGUAUGUGCAAUCUGCUACAGUCAGCAUGUGACAAUCGAUUGCCAAAAAUGCUUGUCUGUCUCCUAUUGCAGCGAAAAACACAGUGCUCAGGACAAGGCAGUACACAACAAGCAGUGUAGGAAACUCGAACUGUGCAAGGUUUUCAAUUCUCUAGGGAUGGAAAACGGUUUCAAAUUGAACAAAGCCAUAAACUACGUUUACCAACCUAUCAACCGCAACAUUAAGGAGUUCCCUGACAGUUUGUUUGAUGUGGGCAUGCUUAUACAGAAGGAAUCAAGAGCAUUGGACACUGAAGAGGAGUUCGUAAAUAUGAUGGUUUUCUUAGAUCCUUUCGCUCCUGCAGCUUUUAUCAUACACGUACUGGAGAACUCUGGCUGUGUAAGGAAACGGUACUUAAAAUCGAAAUUGCCGACGAGAAAAAGAGAAAAAUUUGGAUUGCAGAAGAAAAAUUCCACCUUGACCAUCCACUUGGGUAUAGCUAAUGACUUAGAAUUAUUUUACGAAUGGGACAAGAUCGCUCGUUUGUUAACUGACUGGUUCAUCAAUAUUGAUAAAGUACAAGUAAUAUUGGUUGGUCCGUUCCUCGAAAACAAAACCAUACCAGAGUACGACCAGAGUCUCGAUAAUAUCGAGGUUAUAGUGUAUCCAGUAUGUUACUAUGAAGCUGAAGAUCUGCCAAUUCCUGACAUUGUAGUUUUCUUCGAAUGGACACGGAUAUUACGACAAUCAGAAACUCCAUUUACAGAAGCUCAGUUAGAGACGAUUUUCAAGUACCAAAAUGUUCCAGUUGUUUUCUCAUCCGGUGGUUCUAGAAAAUUCGAUGCGCUUCAAAAAAUCAUUUCCAAGAAAGAAAAUGUAAAUUGUCUUGCAAAUCUUAAAGAAAGUUUCUUUCUGGAAUCGAAACCUUAUAGACUUUGGGUGGAUUUUAUGACAGUCUACGUAAGAAAUCGAUUGUACAGUAUUUAUAUGAAAAGUUAACUCAGUUUUAUUCCAACAAUUUAAAUUUUUACCUAAUUCGUUUUCGAAGGUUUGUUUAUAUACUUACUAAUGUACGUACCGAAUAUGUUUGUUCUAUUUAUGUUUAUCCUAAAUUUUUGAAUCAUGAAAAAUUUUAUAACUUCUUACUGAGACAAUAUUGAAACUACUUAUACCAUUGUAUGAAGAUGGGAUCUUUAUAUAAUGCUUAUUAAUUAAUUGCUUGCCAGGAAGUAUUGAUGAAUAUUAGGUAUAUUAUAAUUUUUAAGGUAAGAAUUUUAGUAAAAUCUUUGACAUUAGAUGCAUAUACAUAUAUUUUAUUAAUUCUUAUAACUCCUUACUAAGGCAAUAUUGAAAUUAAUCAUACCAUUGUAUGAAGAUAUAGGGUCUUUAUAUAAUGCUUAUUAAUUAAUUGUUUGCCAGUAUUAGGUAUAUUAUAAUUUAAGGUUAAAAUUUAAGUAAAAUAUUUUACAUUUGAUACACAUACAUGUAUUUCAUUUAUUCAUUUACAGAUAUCUACUAGCCAUAUGAAAAUUUUGGAAAAAUAUUUUCAAUUUUGUAAUCAAUCUAUUUUCGACAGAAAAAUAAAACCUUAACAGUA